AUGGCGUUCUCCACCAGAGUGCUGCUAAUUCUCCUAGUUAUUUUCACGGUGUUUCAACUGAAAAUCGAUGCUAAAAAAUUGCAAAUCCAUCGAAAACGAAGAUUGAUGAACUGCAGAUUUGAUAAAAUUUAUCAAUUGGGUGAUUCAGUUUCCGAUACCGGAAACUGUAUCAGAGAAAGCUAUUGUGGAUCUCAUUCUUCCUGUGCAAAAUCUCCUUAUGGAAUCAACUUUUUCCAUAAACCAACUGGGCGUUGUUCUAAUGGCUUGCUCAUGAUUGAUUUCAUAGCCCUGGAAUCUGGUCUUCCUCUCCUAAAUCCUUAUAAGGAUCAAAGUGCAAAUUUUAGACAUGGUGCAAAUUUUGCAGUAGCAGGGGCUACUGCUUUAUCAGCCCAAGUCAUGGCAGAGAAGAAGAUUGUUCUGUCCUUCACAAAUAGUUCAUUAGAUGUUCAACUUGAUUGGAUGUCUUCUCAUUUCGAGACUACCUGCUCCACCGAUUGCCUAGUACAGUUAAAGAAGUCUCUUUUCCUAGUUGGACAUAUAGGAGGAAAUGAUAUCAUUUAUGGCUUAUCGCAAGGUAAAACAAUGGAAGAGUUGCGAAGAUUGGUUCCAGAUGUUGUUCAGACCAUCAUUCAUGGUGUUGAAAGAGUCAUUGGUUUUGGUGCUACUCGAAUUGUAGUUCCAGGGACUUUCCCAAAAGGUUGUGGUCCAGCUUCCCUAACGCAAUUCAUGACCAACCACUCAUCUUCUUACGAUGAGUACCAUUGCUUGAAAGACUUGAAUAAUUUGGCGAUUUUCUAUAAUGAUCAUUUGCAACAAGCCAUUGAUGAGAUGAAGAAAGAGUAUACAAACAUUACACUCAUUUAUGGCGACUACUACAACGCGUAUAUGUGGUUUCUACAAAAUGCUGUUACUCUUGGAUUUGACAAAAACUCUCUACAGAAAGCAUGUUGUGGAAUAGGAGGAGACUAUAAUUACGACAAAAGUAGAAAAUGUGGAGCUCAAGGAGUCCCAGUGUGUGAUGACCCUAGUACUCACUUCAAUUGGGAUGGACUCCAUUUGACACAAGCAGCAUACAGUUGGUUAACAAGAUGGUUAAUUGAUGACAUGUUGCCCAAAUUGAACUGUCAUGUUUAAGUUCUUGGCAAAAUGGAUGAAUCAGAAGGCGGAUAUUACUUAAAUAACGUGACAAAAAUAAGACAUCCCAUGAAAUUUUACUUGAUUCUAGGGUUCUAUUAUACCCUUGAUUCACGUUGUAAUUACAUAUUUGUAUAAUGUCGAUCUAAAAAAAAUUGUCCUCAAAUGUCAUUAAUCUUAUUUUGAG